UCGGGGCCGGCUUCUCAGGACGGCUCGCCGUCGCCCGCCACCGUUCGUCGCCACUGUGCUCCUCCCCGAGGCGUCCCUCGAGUCCCUCCCUGGCUGUGGGAGAAACGGAGCAGAGCAGGACCCGCCCGCGCCGCGCCUCGCUCUCGGCCCUCAGCUCGGGAACAUGGAUAAUCUCAGUGAUACCUUAAAGAAAUUGAAGAUAACAGCUAUUGACAGGACUGAGGACAGUUUGGAAGGAUGCUUGGAUUGUCUGCUUCAAGCCCUUGCUCAAAAUAAUACAGAAACAAGUGAAAAAAUAGAAGCAAGUGGAAUACUUCAGCUGUUCGCAAGUCUUUUGACCCCACAGUCUUCCUGCACAGCCAAAAUAGCUAACGUCAUAGCUGAAGUAGCCAAAAAUGAAUUUAUGCGAAUUCCAUGUGUGGACGCUGGAUUGAUUUCACCACUGGUACAGCUGCUAAAUAGCAAAGACCAGGAAGUGCUCCUUCAAACAGGCAGGGCUCUGGGAAACAUAUGUUAUGAUAGCCAUGAGGGCAGAAGUGCAGUUGACCAAGCAGGUGGUGCACAGAUUGUAAUUGACCGUUUGAGGUCGCUGUGCAGUAGAACAGACCCCGCCAGUGAGAAGCUCUUGACUGUCUUUUGUGGCAUGCUGAUGAACUAUAGCAAUGAGAAUGAUUCCCUUCAAGCUCAGCUUAUCAAUAUGGGUGUUAUACCUACCUUAGUGACAUUACUGGGCAUCCACUGCCACAAUGCAGCUCUCACAGAAAUGUGUCUAGUUGCAUUUGGUAAUUUAGCAGAACUUGAGUCAAGUAAAGAACAGUUUGCCAGUACAAACAUUGCUGAAGAGUUAGUCAGACUCUUCAAGAAACAAGUAGAGCAUGAUAAGAGAGAAAUGAUUUUUGAAGUUCUUGCUCCAUUGGCAGAAAAUGAUGCUAUUAAACUACAGCUGGUUGAAGCAGGCCUGGUAGAGUGUCUACUAGAGAUUGUUCAGGAGAAGGUAAAUAGUGACAAAGAGGAUGAUAUUGCCGAACUCAAAACUGCUUCAGAUCUGAUGGUUUUAUUACUUCUUGGAGAUGAAUCCAUGCAGAAACUAUUUGAAGGGGGGAAAGGCAAUGUGUUCCAAAGAGUCCUUUCUUGGAUUCCAUCAAAUAACCACCAGCUACAGCUUGCUGGAGCAUUGGCAAUUGCAAAUUUUGCCAGGAAUGAUGGUAAUUGCAUUCAUAUGGUAGACAAUGGAAUUGUAGAAAAACUCAUGGAUUUACUGGACAGACACGUGGAAGAUGGAAAUGUAACUGUACAGCAUGCAGCCCUAAGUGCCCUCCGAAAUCUGGCCAUUCCAGUUGUAAAUAAAGCAAAAAUGUUAUCAGCUGGGGUCACAGAGACAGUUUUGAAGUUUCUUAAAUCUGAAAUGCCUCCUGUUCAGUUCAAACUUCUGGGAACACUAAGAAUGUUAAUAGAUGCACAAGCAGAAGCUGCUGAACAACUGGGGAAGAAUGUUAAAUUAGUGGAACGUUUAGUGGAAUGGUGUGAAGCCAAAGAUCAUGCUGGUGUGAUGGGAGAGUCAAACAGACUGCUCUCUGCCCUCAUACGGCACAGUAAAUCAAAAGAUGUAAUUAAAGCCAUUGUACAGAGUGGUGGCAUCAAGCAUCUAGUUACCAUGGCAACUAGUGAACAUGUAAUAAUGCAGAAUGAAGCCCUUGUUGCUUUGGCAUUAAUAGCAGCUUUAGAAUUGGGCACAGCUGAGAAAGAUCUAGAAAGUGCUAAGCUUGUACAGAUUUUACACAGACUGCUAGCAGAUGAAAGAAGUGCUCCUGAAAUAAAAUACAAUUCCAUGGUCCUGACCUGUGCCCUUAUGGGAUCUGAAUCUCUACACAAAGAAGUUCAGGAUUUGGCCUUUCUAGAUGUUGUAUCCAAACUUCGCAGUCAUGAGAACAAAAGCGUUGCCCAACAGGCCUCUCUCACAGAGCAGAGACUUACAGUGGAAAGCUGAGAACUGCCCUUCCUGACACACAGCUCUUCCCAACUCUGACUCCUUGCUGUCCUCCAUCCAGCUGCCUCUUCAACUCCAUUCUCUACCACAUCACUUGUGCAUGCGUGUAAUGUUCUAAUAUCAACUGAAGAACUGCUAUAGGUACCUGCCUAAUAAGAUUUCUGAACCCAUAGUUAGUGUGAACACAACUGUCCAAACAAGUCUCUACCCAUAACUGUUCUCUUGUAUUCCUGUUGCUUGAGUUACAUUAAGUAGAAUGUGCAUGUUGUAGUCCUAUGAUGAUGUAAACUUGAUACUACAUAAUGAUUUCCUCCUCACAUAUGGUAAACUACUUAAUAAUGUACUGGUAAAUUGAAACAAUGCAGCAGAAGCUAUCUGUCUAGGUGAAGUUGAAUAGUAAAAGUAGCUCCAUUUUUGGUGCUUGGAAAGCACAGUGACCAGAAAAUCUAUGGCUGCUCAUUCAUUAGUCUUGCCUACUAAUAUCAAUCCCAUGGUACCUAGCAUUGAAUGAAAUUCCAUUGCUCCCACUCUUUACCCUAUUGUUCCCCUUUUUUCCUAAGUAUACAAACUAUUGAAACUGCCACAAACUUGGCAAGACUUCAUGAGGUUUCUGAUUCUAUAUUUAAUUGACAGGUCAUCAGUAGCCCAAUGUUGAAAACAUUUGUAGUUUUCAGUGUGAUUAGAACUAAAGGGGUUAAAGAAUCCCUAUCACGCUAUAGCAUUUGGGGUUUUCCCUAUAUUUUAGAUUCUGAUAUAUGUGUAAUUUCACCUCAGAACUUCCUCUCUCUGUUAAUCAGCAUUGUCCGGCACUUGUCUUUAAAAGUCAUUUGGCUUUUCUUUUUGUUCCAAGGAUUGAACUCAGUACCUUUUGCUUGCGAGGCAGGCAGCAGAACCACAGAGCUAAAUCCCCAGCCCUUGGCAUUUAUUUUUAACUGAGUAUUGUUCAUUGGGAAAUGAAUUUUUUGUUUUUAUCAUUCAGAUUGAAAGCAAGAAAUUUCAUCUUUCAUAGUCUACAUCUUACAUUAGUAGGACAUAGGAGGAAAGAUGAAGAAAUAAGCUUGCCAGUACUAAAGAAGGGAAGGCAGGUUCUAAAAGCCAUAGUAGCCAGUCCAGUACAUUCUGCAGAGAGCCUUGUACCAAUCACUGUUGGAGUUUCUCACCCACACUCCCACUGAGAACUGUGCUAAUCUUAUAGUCUAGAAGAAAGCCAAGAUUCAAGAUGAGAAGAGCCCCCUUGGCCAAAUACAGUGUACCCUUCACUGCCACUACCACCACAAAAUGGAUUUUUAGAGCUUUGAACACAGUCUUUGUGAAUUUAUCAAACAUCCCUGGGACCCACUUGAGUUCACUCCAGUACCCAAGUUUGACCACUACUAGCCUAGCAGGCAGGGAGGGCUGUGUUCCAGAAGGACUGAAGAGGAGUAGAAUGGGCCACCAAGGAGGCAUCAGAGCCCUUUCCUCUCCGGUGUGAGAUCCCACACACCCUGUCAUGAGGUGAUCUGAGUUGGAGUUUUGACUCUUAAACGCAUAAAUGAAGACAGUUAAAACCCAGUCUUUUGACUGUUUCCUUUGAUGCCCGAAUAAGGGGCUAUUGUGAGUGCUUAUGCGAAACUUACUGUGAGAGUUAUUUUAUUGUCUUUUUCCUGGGCUGGAUAGUGGACUAUAUUUUGUUAGGUUUUGAAAGACAUCUGUAAUGUUGCUGAAUAGACUGUCCAUAUUAAUAACUUAAUAAAUAGUAUAUCAAACUAUA